AUGAAGGACGAGGGUUUAGCCUCCCGCACCUUAAGGAAGGCCGAGGAUAAUGAGAAACUCCCAAAAGAUGACACCGUCCACACCAUCCUGUGCACCAAAAGAGUACAGGGGAUCGGCAUGCCCAUCAUAGCCUGUUAUAAGGGUGUUGAUGUUGGACAAGCUGUAGAGAAAUAUCUGCUUGAAUGCAGAAUUGAUGAUAUUUUUACCAUUACUGUAGAUAUUGCUAGCUCGAAUGACACUAUAGUUUCUUAUUUGAGAGGAAAAUUUAUUAAUUGGGGAAAAUCUGUUUUGGAGGAAAGGUGGUUUCAUGUUAGGUAUGUUGCUCUUAUAAUAAAUUUGGUAGUUAAUGAUGGUUUGAAAAAGUUUGGCAAUUCUAUUGAUUCUAUUAGUGCAGCUGUAAGGUCUAAGUAUGUCACUUGCAAUACUUUUUUUCGAGACAUUAGUGGCAUGAAUGUAGUCUUGAACAAUAUGAUAGAACGUGAUAACCAAGAAGAGGCUGUCAUGGCAUUCACAAUGGAAGAAAAAUGUGAUAAGCAUUGGGGAAAAAUAGAAAAAAUGAACAUGCUUAUUUUUGUUGCCUCCAUUCUUGAUCCACGUAUUAAAUUUGAGUAUGCAGAGUUUGUGCUUAUAAAAAUGUAUCGUCUGCAUGAUGGUGCAAACAUAGGUUCACUUGCAAAAGAAGCUUUGGUGCAACUAUUUUCUAAGUACAUAAAACUCAUCUUCCCUUUUGAAGUGAACUCCCCAGCUUUUUCAAGUAAAUUUGGAGUAAUUGAUAAAGGUAUAAUGUCUAGUGAUAUGCAUGCUGGGAAACGCAUUCAAGACAUGUCUAAAGAGGGGUUUAAAAAAAGAAAGAUAGAAACUGGUUUCAAUGGUUCAAAAACUGAAUUGGAUAAAUAUUUUGGUAAGGAUUGUGAAGAUGAAGAAGAUGACUUUAAUAUUUUGACAUGGUGGAAGGUGAAUAGUCCUAGAUUCCCUGUUCUUUCUAAAUUAGCCCAUGAUGUGUUGGUUGUGCCUGCAUCUAUGGUUACUUCUGAAGCUACUUUUAACAUAGGUGGAAGAGUCCUUGAUCCAUUUAGGAGUUCUUUAACACCUAAAAUUGUGCAAACUUUGAUUUGCACUCAAGAUUGA